UUGUCAAAAAAUUUAAAUGGCGUCCUGUGAGCAGAACGUUCGCAUUGUCGGCUUGUGUUGAGAAUAGUAAUAAAAACGUGAAAUUCGCAAGCAAUAGUCGCAAAGCGUAAAAAAACUAAAAGAUUUUCUAGAUAUUUUGUGGUGUAUUGGUUUACGUACCAUGGAUACACCUGCUCCACCUAAUGAUAUUGAAUUAAGGAAUAUCAUCGACAAGCUUGCAGAAUUCGUUGCACGCAAUGGUCCAGAAUUUGAGUCGAUGACAAAAUCGAAACAGAAAGGGAACGCUAAGUUCGCCUUUCUACACGGGGGCGAGUACUAUGACUACUAUCAGUACAAAGUAGCAACGAAACAGCAGUCGAUAAUGCAACAACAAGGGGGACAUUCUUCUGGAUUCAUGGGACAACAAAUGAAUCCAUUUGGCCAACAACAGCAAUCACAAAGUCAAAAUAAUCAGAUUCCGCAAAUUUGGUCAAAUCCGCCGCUUCCUCAAGUUUCGCAGCAACAAUCACAACCACAACAGCCUGUCAUCUCUCCUCAGAUUGCUGCCCAGAUUGAAGCCCUCGCAACGCAGCAAACCACCUUGAGAGAACAGAUUCGCCAGUCGGAACUGAAUCUCCAGGCUCAACAUGGAGUUCUACUUCAACAGCAACAGGUACAAAUUGACGAGGCUGUGACAAGAGCUCAGAAUGAUGCUCUGGUAAAACAAGCAGACGAUCAUAACAUAUCGCUAGGCGAAUUCGAUGCUAAACUGCAACCCAUUGUUGACUCGUGCACCAAGGAUAGUAUAUCUUAUGGAAAAGGCUGGAUUUUACAGCAUUGUACCGAUUCGGGAAAAUGUCAAAUUAUUUCGCAGUAUCUUUUGAGAAAGGCGUUAAUAGCUGGAGUAUUAUUUACGCAAAAGUUGCACCUGAUAUAUUUAGUUAAUGAUGUAAUUCAUCACUGCAUCCGAAAGCGUACCGAUGAACUGAAGAAAUGCUUGGAGGGUGCUGUUAUUCCAAUGUUUUGCAACGCCCAAAUAACGGCCGCGACCGACGAGCAACGAGCCAAGCUUACGAAGCUACUUUCGCUGUGGGAAUCUAAGGGAAACUUUUUCGAUGCUUGCGUUAUCUCGAAGCUGAAAUCACCACCAUCCUCGCUGCAAGAGUAUCAAAAUUCAUUACUCACUCAAUACGCAGCCGUUGUCGCUCAGAUCACCCAGAACACAAAGGCAACUUUCGAAAACUAUCAGCAACAACAUCAAGCGUUCGUCCAACAUGCAACUCAACAGUUGGCGUUACUGGAGAAGCAAAAACAACAAAUCGAACAGCAAGCAAUAAAGGCAGCUCUGGUUACUCAACAGAAACCUUCUGGGCCGAUGCCAUUGUUGCCAGAACUUUCUUCGGCUUCUAACAAUGGACACGGACAGGUAAACUCAAUGAUGGGAGGUGGUCGAGGUAUGGAACGGGAGAUGGCUAUCCCUUCGUUGCUGGAUCAGAACAUCAAUUUCAACCUACUGUCAGGGGCAAUUCAAAAUCUUCAGAACUUAAACGCACAGAACCCUGGUAAUCGUAACAGUGACAGCGGAACCAACAACAAUCCGGGAGGUGAUAACCGAAGUGGGAGUUAUGCUCAUUCGAACGAUUCUGGUGACGGUAAUAAUAAUGGGGAUUACUCUCAACCACCGCCCAAUUUCCCUAUUCCUGACAUGUCCAGACCGCCGCCCGGUAUGCAUCAAUUUCCUUAUGAUUCGCAAGAUAAUGAACACCUGGACGAUAGAGAUAACGAUUAUGACGACCAUAUUCCGGAUGAGGAAGAUGACAAUCGCGAGGAUGAUGACGAUCGUGAUAUCGUCCGUGAUGAGGAUGAGGUGGGGGAGGAUGACAUCAAUCAAGAUGAGCGACCGCCCACUCCACAACCGCUCACCCCAUCGAUACCGUAUUUCGAGUUGCCUGCGGGUCUCAUGGUUCCGUUGAUUCGCUUGGAAGAUUUCAGUUAUCACCCUCUAGACCCUGACCAGAUUCGCCUUCCUCCCCCAGCGCCACCGAACGAACGUUUACUUUCAGCAGUUGAAGCUUUCUAUGCUCCGCCAAGCCAUGAGCGGCCGCGAGAUGGAGAAGGCUGGGAGAAACUGGCACUUUACGAGUAUUUUAAAGUUAAAAAUGCAUCUCGUAAGCAAAAGGAAGAAGAAAUCGAGAACGGAGUUCGCGAACGUUCUCGUUCACCAACACCGAUUGAUCCGAGCUGGCUAAAAGCCAUAAAGAAACAGAAGAAACGCGAGUAUCGAUCUCGAAGUCGUAGUCGGUCAAGAUCGCGUUCACGAUCCCCCCGUCUGCGAAACAGACUGGGCUCCCGCUCACGGUCCCGAUCUCGAUCACCACGCAGAGCACAUAACAGAAGUCGAUCGCCCCGAAGGGAUCGUGCUCGAUCUAAGGAUAGAAAAUCACUUACUCCGCCUAGCUUCGGUGGCAGUGGCUUCGGUGCUAAGUCCAAUCAACCCGUUCCAGAAGGAAAAUUGCCAGCAGCGCCAAAACCUUCCACUACUCCCGUGAUGAGCAAUCCCAGUAUCAUGCCGCCACUCGAUACUAAUAUGGAUGACGAUUUUUGGGAUAGUAAUGAACACGAAGGUUUGGGUUCAUUUGGUGCAAGAAAUUCCGAUCCCUAUGAAAGCUUUCGGAAAAACAAAGGAGCUGCAUUUAUCACACGAAUGAAGGCAAGAACUGACGAUAGAUAGAUGAGCUGUUGUUAAUGUCACGAAUCAUCCGAAGUAGAUAUCACGACAGUAGGUUGUGAUUUUAUUGGAAACACAAACGAAAAGUCCUUAAUAAAAUACAUUGAAGAAAAGGAGAAA